CGUGGCGCCACCGUCACGUGCCACAUCUCGAAUCUGUCUUCUGUCAUUUUGUUAACAGUUGUGUAGUGCGUCGGGUGUUCCACACAAGGACUUACCAUGGCGCCCAAAGGUAAUAACAUGAUCCCAAAUGGGCACUUCCACAAGGAUUGGCAACGGUUUGUCAAAACUUGGUUCAAUCAACCUGCCCGCAAAAUCAGGAGGAGGCAGAACCGUAUCAAGAAAGCUAGGGCGAUUGCUCCUAGGCCUGCGGCGGGCCCCCUGAGACCCAUCGUUCGUUGCCCCACUGUUCGUUACCACACUAAAGUGCGUGCCGGUCGUGGAUUUACUCUCCAGGAGUUAAAAGCCGCAGGAAUUAAUAGCAACUUUGCCAAAACUAUUGGGAUAGCUGUGGAUUACCGUAGACGGAAUAAAUCCGUUGAGUCUGUGCUUCUAAAUGCACAGCGCUUGAAGGAGUAUAAAUCUAAGCUUAUUUUGUUCCCAAUUAAUAACAAGAAGAAGUUGAGGCCUGGUGAAGCCACAGAAGAAGAAAGAAAGGUUGCAACUCAACUCACCAGCGAGGUGUUGCCUAUUCGCCAGUCCGCAGUUAGGACAAAGGCGAGAGUUCCGACUGACGAAGAAAAGAACUUCAACGCCUUUAUCUCCCUUAGAAAAGCUCGUGCUGACGCUCGUUUUGUUGGUAUUCGUGCCAAGAGAGCAAAGGAUGCCGCUGAGAAUCCAGAUGAUGUGACUAAAGCAGCAAAGGCUAAAGGCAAAAAGUAAAAUCACGUUUUUGUAUAAAUAAUUUAAUAAAAAUUGAGGAAAAAAAA